UUAUUGCUUGCAGAGUUUGCCAUCAGCAGCACAUCAUGCAGAGGCCCAGCAAACUGCCUGCUGUCUCUCUCCCCGGACGCCCUACCUUUUUCGGACCCCAAGGUUGGGCUGACCUCCCAGAUGGCUUGCUUCACUCCAUCGUUGAUCGGCUGGGCUCCUUCCGAGACCUUCUUGGCUUCGCCACCACAUGCCCCUCAUGGCGUUCUGCCUUCUCCUCGUACCCAUCAAAAUCCACGUUCCUCACAAAAUUACCACCUCUCCUCAUCCAGACCCAUAUUCGUGCACAAGGUCCUCUUCUUCCUUAUACCAGUGGUUCUCAUGAGCUAUACCCAUGUAAGGUUGUUGAUCCAGCCAACCGAAACACCGCACUUCGCUGUUGGAUCCCUCAAGAUAUCGUGGAGAAGAUGACAUUUAUUGGAUCCUCCUAUGGUAAGCUCAUCUACUACUGCAAGGGAUACUGUCGCAUCAUCGAUGCGUUCACCGGUGACGAUGUCUCAACUCCAUGUCUCCCAUCCCAUGCUAAAUGUUCAAAACUUCACUUGACUGGCAUUCUAACAGCCCCACUUGCAUCACCCAACUCGCAUCUCCUUGUCAGUACCGAGUCCUUCCUGUUUGAUUUGCCUGUUGGAAACGACUCUUGGUCCGAACUCCAGCUUCCUUGUCAGUUUGUAAUAGACCAUUUUGUGGAGUUCGAUGGUCAGUUCAUUGUCUCGAAUAGCUAUGGCAGAUCCUACGCUCUGCAGCUGGCCCCUCAGCACGGCCUGCAGGAGAUAAAAACCAAGCCUGUGGGAGGAAGGCCGGUGGUAGGAAGGCUGGUGGUUUGUGGUGAUAUGCUUCUCAUUCUCAGUUUGGGCGAGUUCCAGCGCCUCGACAUGUCAACCGAGCCCGCGACACGGGUGGCCGUGGAGAAGCUGGGCGAGCGGGCACUCUUUGUAGGGGCGGAAGCGAAGAGCACGGCAGUUUCUUGCAUGAGCCCGGAGCUAUGGGGAGGAAGGAGCGACAUCGUGUACUUUGCUCGUACUGCUCGACCUUGGUUUAUCUAUAGGCUGUGUGGCAGGGCAGAUCGCAUGCAGGAUAGACCAACACGCGUUGAACCUGCAGGCUUUGGAAGCACACCAGUGCAGUCAUCAGUUCGGCCGCUCUGGCUGUACCCAAGCAUGUUCUACUCGGAUGGCCAAUGAAUGAUCUGUGCCUGC